AAACCGAACCAAGCCAUUCCAAAGCUCGAGGCACCUUACAAACAGAAUGUGCCGACCACACCACCAGACCGGAAAGCAUCGCGUCGCGUGUCUCUCCGUCGACUUGCCCAGCGCCGUCAUUCCAGCCAUGGCUCCGUUCCGCCGCCGCCACAGCAUUCGCGUGCUGGCGCCGCGUGUCCUGCUGCUGGCUGUCGCAAUUCUGGCGGCUAGCGCGCAGAGCAAACGCGUGAAGCAGCGGCAGCAGCAGGCGGCGAGCGCGGGUACGGACGAGGGGCCGGUGGAGUCGUCCGUCUUCGCGCGGCGCCUCGUGACUGCCGACGUCUCGUACCGCGACAUUCUCAAGGAGCACGCGCGGUACUGGAAGGAGACGAGUCGGCGACACUUCAACGGCACCGUGCUCGCUUACGUCACCCCCUGGAACGGCAAGGGAUACGACAUGGCGAGGCAGUUCCGCCGCAAGUUCACGCACGUCUCGCCCGUGUGGUUCCAACUCAAACGGGUGGGCGGCAAUCUGCAGGUGGCGGGGGAGCAUGACGUGGACGUGCCGUGGAUGGACUCUGUCAGGCAGGACGGCGCCCAGGUGGUGCCACGUGUGCUGCUGGAGGCCCAUGACACGUCAGGCAUCGUCAGCUCUGACAAGGAAGCGUCUGAGGCCAUCAGGCUCAUCCUCGAUACGUGCAAGCGCCACCAUCUGGACGGCAUGGUGUUGGAGGCGUGGUCCACGUGGACGGCCACGGGGCUGCUCGCCUCGCCCUCCUCCCGCGCGCGCGCCCUCGCCUUCCUCGCUCGCCUUGGGGACGCCCUGCGCGCCACGCCCAACCCCUCCUCGCCCGCCACGCGCCUCUCCUUCUUCCUCGUCAUCCCCCCAAACGCUGCCGCCGCCCUGCCCCCCUCGCAGCAGCGCCGUGCCCCCGCGCACGCAUUCACAGCGGCAGAUCUGUUGGCGCUGCACGCCCACGUGGACGGCUUCUCCCUCAUGACCUACGACUUCUCCCCGCCCUCGCACCCCGGCCCCACGGCGCCCCUGCCGUGGGUGCGGCUGUGCCUGCAGGCGCUGCUGCCGGGGGUGAGGCCGCAGUACGAGGGGGCGUAUGGCGAGGCGAUGGGGCUGGGGGCCGAGGAGUGGCAGGAGGAGACCAGGCGCGGCAGGGAGCUCAGGAGCGUGGGGGGGGGAGAGGAGGAGGGAGAGGGGGGGGCCGUGGUGAGGGGAGAGGUGGCGCGGGAGAUGGCAGGGAAGGUGCUGGUGGGGCUCAACUUCUAUGGCUAUGACUUUGGCCCGCAUGAGGAUUACCGCCCGCUGCUGGGACGGGACGUGGUGGACCUGCUGGAGAGGCACCACCCGCAGGUGGCUUGGGACCCCGAGGCGCGCGAGCACGCCUUCUCCUUCGCCGCGCGCCCCUCCGGCAUCCGCCGCGCCGCCUUCUUCCCCUCGCUGCUGUCGCUGGCACUGCGCAUGCGCGAGGCCAGCGCGUGGGGUGCAGGGCUGUCCGUGUGGGAGAUCGGGCAGGGGCUGGACUACUUCUUCGACCUCCUGUAGCGUCGCUGCAGCCGCACAGAGCUGGCAGAAAGUGUCACGUUAUUUGGUGACUUGACAGUCUGUGGUUCAAGCUGAGUAGGUAGGUUGCCACACAGGUAGGCUAUUCUUGUAUUCUAGUGUCUAACAGUGGAAAAGACAAGCUGGUCUGUGCAAACUAU